AUGGCUUCGGUGAAAGUGGCUGUAAGGGUUCGCCCAUUCAAUCAAAGAGAAAAGGACAUGGGCGCGAAAUUGAUUGUCCAGAUGGAGGGCAAGAAAACACGACUUCUUACUGUAAAAAAUAGCAAAGAGCAAAAUGACGGCAGCCGGGAGAAAUACAAGGACUUCACGUUCGACCACUCGUACUGGUCGUUCGCGCACGAGGACACCAACUAUGCUGCGCAGGAGCAGGUGUUCGCAGACCUCGGGCUGGACGUGAUCGACAGCGCAUUCGAAGGGUACAACGCAUGCGUGUUCGCAUACGGACAGACUGGCAGCGGCAAGACUUUUACUAUGAUGGGAUCACCUGAGUACCAAGGCCUAAUACCUCGGAUAUGUCGCCAUCUCUUCUCCCGCGUGGCCGCCGGCAAGGAGUCCGGAGCCUCCUACCGCACAGAGGUCAGCUACCUCGAGAUAUACAACGAGAGGGUUAAGGAUCUCCUCGCCUCAGAUGCUGGUCACUCCUUGAGGGUCAGAGAGCAUCCGAAGUUGGGACCCUAUGUGCAAGAUUUGUCGAAGCAUUUGGUGUCGGAUUAUGAUGAUAUACAGGAGUGCAUGCACCGCGGCAACCUCCACCGUACAACAGCGUCCACCCAGAUGAACGAUGUAUCGUCCCGGUCUCACGCCAUCUUCACGAUAACGUUCGUGCAGGCCAGCUACCUGAGGCACAAUAACAUGCCUAGUGAGACUGUGUCUAAAGUGCAUCUCGUGGAUCUAGCUGGCAGUGAGCGAGCAGACGCGACGGGCGCUACGGGUCAGCGGCUGGUGGAAGGUGCUCACAUCAACAAGUCGCUGGUGACUCUUGGAUCUGUCAUCUCCGCGCUGGCUGAGUCCAGCCAGCCCAUUGAAGCGCGCGUUCAGAAGGGUCAGAAGAAAGUGUUCAUCCCGUACCGCGACUCGGUGCUGACGUGGCUGCUCAAGGACUCGCUCGGCGGCAACUCCAAGACUAUCAUGAUCGCUGCUAUAUCGCCAGCAGACUGCAACUACGGUGAGACACUCUCGACGCUGCGGUACGCCAACCGCGCCAAGAACAUUAUCAACAAGCCUACUAUUAACGAGGAUCCGAAUGUCAAGCUCAUCAGAGAGCUUAGAGAGGAGAUCGAGAAGCUUAGGGCUCAGAUCAACCAUAAUACUGAUCCUAUCGAAACAGAACCCGCAGUCCUAGCAACCCUCCAACGCAAAGAAGCACAAGAGAAAGUCCUGACAGAGAAGUGGACGGAGAAGUGGCGGGAGACGCAGCAGAUAUUACAGGAGCAGAAGGCGCUGGGGCUGCGCAAGAGUGGGCUGGGCGUCGUGCUGGACUCCGACAUGCCGCAUCUAGUGGGGAUUGAUGAUAAUCUGCUGUCUACUGGUGUUACGCUGUAUCAUUUGAAGGAAGGCGAGACGGUGAUCGGCAGCGCGGAGUACUCGCCGACGCCGGACAUCGUGCUGAGCGGCGCCGGCGUGCUGCCGCUGCACUGCCGCGUCACGCUGCGCGGCGGCACCGCCACCCUCGCGCCCGCGCCGCACGCGCAGUGCUGGCUCAACACCGUGCUCAUCGACAAGCCGGCCAAGCUCAGUCAGGGCUGUAUCCUGCUCCUGGGCCGCACGAACAUGUUCCGCUACAACGACCCGGCGGAGGCGGCCAAGCUGCGGCAGGAGGGCAGCGCCUCCGCCAUGAACCUGUCGCGCCUCUCCCUGCUGUCGUGGUCCACCACCGACCUGGCUGCUAGCACUGAGAACCUUAACACUACGCUAUCGGACCUGGAGAGCGAGAUCCGCUGUGAGCGAAUAGAAGCGCAGAGAGCGGAACUGGAGCGAGAACGGCAACAGUUCCUCCUUCAGCAGGAGGAGCGGCAACGUCGCUGGCACGCCGAGCGCGAGGAGCUCAUACAGGCGCAGAGGAAGCUGGACGAGGAGCGUGAAGCCAUGGAGCGCGAGUACGCGGCGGCAUGCCGCAGGUUGUCGGGCGACUGGCGCGCGUUAGAGCGCGGCUGGGGACAGCGCCGCAGAGCGCUGCGGUGCCGACAGCGCGAGCUCGCCGCACGGUCGUUACGCCUCGCCGCGCUUACUGAUACGCAUCGGACUGCGGCAGAGGGCGAGGAAGGCCGAGUGGCCGCGCUCCGAUCGCGAGUCGACUCCAAGAAGGCGACUUUACAAGAAUACGUUGCUUCCAGUGUGAAACAGCUCUUGGAUAGUGGAUGUAAGCUGGACGAGAGUUCAACCCCAAGUCCGGACAGUCCAGCUUCAGAGACGAGUACUGAAAGUCUGAUGCAUCUGCUGCAGCAGUGCGAGCCUAAAGUGGCGUCCAGCAUCAAGGAGACCGUCGAGAGACAUAAAAAGGAGCUAGUAGAACUAGAAGAAGAGCUACAAACCCGCGUGGCGUCAGUAGCAUCACAUCGCGUCAAGAUCGAGAGGUUACAAGCGGAACUGGCGCUAUUAGGCACGCAAGAGCUCGGGCUCAAACACGCGCUCGCUUCCGACCUGGCUCCCAACGCUGCACGGGGAGUGGACGGCGAGAGCGACGCGUCUCCGCUGGAGGGCGUGAAGCGCAGCAAGUCGGAGCUGGUGCUGCGCCGGACUCCGCGCGAGGACGUCAUGGAGCCGCUCUCUGCUGACGAGCGCGAGGACUACCGCCUCAAGCGGGUCAACCUCAGCCUGAGUCUCGACCCUCUCACGUCCCCCAACUCGACUCUAAACACAGAGGAGACAUUCCACACGGCCACUUCCUCCCCCAAGAAGUUCCCCGAGUGGGGGGAGGGAGACGCGGCCACGGAGCCCGCUUUCCCGCGCCCCGCCACCAACUUCCGCCUCGGACCCGUGCCUAAUGCCGAUGAUAGUGACGACAUGUCCAGCACUGAGGAUUAUCAUAAGCCCCGGAUAGUGGAGGGACAAUCAUCGAGUUCAGUGGAGCGGUCGCCGGAGGAACGCCACCAGAGAGCCAAGUACAAAAGGAGGAUGCCAGGCGAAGGCAAGCCUGGUCGUCGGCAGGUGACGGAGGUGGAGGCCCUGCGCGCGAUGCAGCGGCUGUGCUCGCGCAUCGCCUCGCAGAAGAUGCUCGUCAUCUCCUCGCUAGAGAACGACUGCUCCAAGGAGGAACUUAAUCGACAGAUUGCCGUUCUCCAAGAGCUUCAGAAGAAGUACGUGCGCCUCGAGAUGGCGCUGCAGUACUCGUUCUUCGACAACCAGUCGCGGCGGCCCAUGAUGGUCACCCCCAUACAGGAGACGCCUUCCCUCACGCUGUCCGAGAGCGACAUGCAGGUCGCCACGGAUGACGACGUCACGGAGAACGGACAUGUCCGAGACCCGCUGCUGCACAGGUUAAAAGAACAAGAACUAGAAGGUUCAGAUAACGUGUCGACGUCCAACGACGAGCUACCCUCAGAGAGCCACGAACCCGCCUGGGAGGACCCGCUGCGCUGUCGCGUGCGGCCCGACCGACUCGAGCGAUGAGCGAUCCGACCGACUCGAGCGAUCCGACCGCAUCGAGACCCCACGAUAAGUCCAGGACUGUCGCAUCCCAUAGACUUCAACGAGGUGGUGUACAUCCCGGGCUGGGUGACGCGCGGCGCCGGCGCCCGCACGCACCAGGAGUACGAGGUGCGCGUGGUGCUGGGCGCGCACUGCCGCUGGCUGCUGCUGCGCCGCUACCGCCGCUUCCGCGACCUCUGCCUCAGCAUGCGCCGCCUCUACGGUCCCAAGGUUGCGGCAAUCCCAUUCCCUGGUCGCACGCUGUGGGCGGGCGAGGCGGUGUGCCGCGCGCGGCGGGCGGCGCUGGAGCUGUGGCUGCGGCGCCUGCUGGCCGCCGCCGCCGCCGACCCGCGCUGCCCCUUCCGCCAGCCCGACCGCCCGCUCACGAGAGACGCACUCGUCAGCUUCUCGCCCUUCUUCCGCAAGGGCGUGUUCGAAAGCGGCAAGUGCGGCACGGGAUGAUGGCGGGCGCCGCUCGCCACGUGGGCGGCGCUGGGGACUGCAGUCACCGCGCUGCUGCACGCGCUGCUCGCCGUGGCCGCGCUGCUGCUGCACUGCGCCGCGCUGCUGGCGCUGCUGCUGUACCGCGCUGCUACGCGACGCUGACUGUAUGUACACGCUACUGUUCACGACCACGGUGCAAGGUCAACUAGUGAUUAGUGACGGCGGAAACAUACGUAGGCUGCCUGUCCACCGGAGCGGAGCUAGGCUACGGAGUGGACAAACUGAGAAAUAUUAACCAAUAGGAUUGCACAAAAUCUUCGCUCCUCAAUCCUAUUGGUUAAUAUUACGCGUCAGCGUCAUACGUGUUUCGUACAUUUAAUAUGGUUAAAGACAUAUUUGUCUGUCGUGUUGUGUUGCAACACAUGUAUUUAAAUGUUUGAAACCGACAUGACACGCCACGACACGUAAGUGUGUUUCCGCCUUGACAAGAGCACGCAGUUGGGUUUAUAAAAUGCAUGUAACCCGCGCAUGUGCCUCAACAUGCGCAAACUUGCACCGUGUAGAUACACCCUAACUCGAGCCGACUGGUCAGCGUAAGUAGCUGAACAAAAUAUACAUUUUCAAAACUGCCAAACAUCAUGUCCUCGAUAACUUACCAGAGUAUUUAUCUACUUUUACUACUAAAUUUUGUUAAGAAAUUAUGAUCCUUUACGUUGUUAGGCACAUUUGAAGAUUUUCGCCUUGUUGAGCUACUUAUGAUGAUGACCGUACCAACUUUUACGCGGUGUCCUGCGUGAGCGACGAACGCGACGCGACGCGACGCUGCGAACGCGACGAACGCGAUCAACUCAACGGCAUUCUCUACAUGCGGCCUAUGUGAGUGUCUGCGGCGAGACGCGACGUAAUGCGUACUUGUUUUGCGGGCGACCAGAUGCGACACCACGAACUAUUCAGAAGCGUUGAUCGCCACAGUGCGUGAAUCAAGAUUGUUGUGGGACAAAAAACAUAAAUGUUGCUGUCUGUACUUUAAAUAUGAACUUUCAAGCAAAAUUGUACUGAACUUCUCCAUGAUUUGAGAAGUAAUGACCAAAAUCACGUAGGACAUUUGUCGCGCAUAGCAUCGCGUCGCAUUACGUCGCGUCGUGUUGCGUCGCGUCGCGUCGCGUUCGUCGCUCAUGCAGGACACCGCGUUAUACUCCAUUUGAGUAAAUAAAUAGAUAGAGUUAUACCUACAUUAUUAGGUAUACCAAUUUUUAUAUUUUUGAUCUUACAACUAAGUAAAAUAUGUGACAAAGAACCACUAACGAUAAACAGUCUUGCUAUUACAUUUUAUUUAAAAUUUUUCUUCAAAUAUAUAUUACAGCUAAAAAUCAACCUAUGUACUUGUAACAAUUAAUGUUUAUAUUAAUUAUUUUAUGUAUGAACUCUUAUCAAAAUUGUUUAUUUUUAGACAAGUGCUUACUCAAAUGGAGUGUCGGCGACAGUACCUACAGAACGCGUAGCUUAUAUAUUCAAUAUGAGCUAAACUUUCAUAUGUACAGUAAAUGUGACAGUAGCGCGUACCGAGCAGAGAGCAAGCCGUGAUGUGGGCAAGUCCUUCUAGACUGUGUAAGCUAUAGAGGCCGUCUCGCAGCCGAACCCCCCACACAUCGGUCAUUUAAUUCGUAAAUUUAAUAUUUCUCACUAUAUGACCAUCGUUUCACAGAUAGGUCAUAGAUAUUUUUUUGUUGCAAUAAAACUGUGUCAGUUAUUAUAAUAAUACUAAGAAAGCCUUUUUAAACUAUUUUAACGCAAUUUUUGCGUUUAUGAGCAAGAGUCGUUAUAACUCGCAGACGACUACAGCUAAUAAGCCAAAAUAUGCCCGUUCUGAUAUUGGAAUAUUCUAAUUAAGGUAUUAAAUUUUAAAUGAUUUCUAAAAAGGUGACGUCUUCCAAUCGCACUUAAUUUCGCGCCAAUCAAAUUGUGUUCAUUCUAAUAGGCCUAUUUGAUGUUAUUAUUUGCCGUGGCCUUAGUAGAUUUUACUUAAAAGUAUGAGUAAUUUUUUGAAACUAUUGCUAACUGACUCAAGAAAGAGAGAAUAUAUUGACAAUAUUAAAAAAAAAUACAUUUAAUAUAGCUGAAUUGUGUGUGCUAUUAAAAUACAAAUGGCCGAUGUAUGAUAUAAGUUAGUGCUGCGAGACACCUCCACACAUUAUACAUUCAUUUCUGACUAUGUUAUAGUUAUUCCAUUUUUUAAAAGACAUUGUUUUUUACGCAAUAUUUUGUGUGUUCAUAUAUGAUGUGUUAAUCAAAAAUAUUUACUUUUUAAAUGACGUUAUAAGUAACCGUUUGGACUGAUGAUUGGGAACUAUGGCCCAAGUUCGUCGACACCAUAAGCUACCAUUUUGCUUAAACAAUUUUUUUAAUGCGAAACUUGUACGUGAAAAUUCAUAGUAAACAGUUAUUAGAAAACUGAUGUUAUAAUAUUGUGCUGCUUGUCAAUAGGUAUAUGAAAUUCGUGAAAGGUUUUCAUUUGAUUAGUUUGUAAACGUACUUCAGACAUUAAUUUGACAGAAAAAGACAAAAUGACAAAUCAAUUUAUUAAACCAAUGCUUUUUAUCUAAAAAAAAUACCAAGUAAAUAUUUUUGAAUUAACACAUUAAAAAAUGUUUUGUAAUAGAUCCGUAAACAUAUCGUUUUUUAUAAUUUUAAUGGAUUAUUAUCUGUAUAUUGUGCAAUGAUUAGUUCCUAAGAUAUUAGUUUCAGUUUCUAGAGGACAAACCCCUUUACAUAUAGAGACACUUAGUUCAGUAGGAGCCGGGUGCAUAAAUAUGUAUGUGAAGGCAUCAAAUGUCCAUAUAUUUAUGCGUUUGGUUAUUUUAACUCAGUAAAUCAACUUCCAAACUACUAACAAAGCUUACUUUAAUUACGAAUUACGAAGUUGGUUUACUGAUUUCUUUUUACAGUGAACUUCUAAUUGCAAGGUGACAUUUUUAAUUCGUACGAUUAUAUGUAUUUAGGGUCGUCUUUGUUUCGAUUUUUAGUCUGUAAAUAGUAAUACAGGGUGUUGAUUUUUCAUCAGUCUUUUUCUCGGCAUAAAAUCGAAAUUGCUACCUUGUUUUUACAAAGUUCACUGUAGUGUCUCUCUAUGUAAUAAGCCUGUAUAAAGCCAAGCCCAAAUUGAGAAGUAUAUUUUUGUACGUGGCGAGUUUGAAGUGAGAUCCCGUGCCUAGCUGAGGCAAACAUAGUUAAUAUAGUAAUAUAUUUAGAGUUAUAUCAAAUUGUACUGACCGUAUAAUUCGUGUUAUUUUUAUUUUAUUUAGUAAGCUUACUAACAUGCACAAUUUUUAGUUUAAUUAUUAUUUUUAGUGUUAUGUUCUUUUUUUGUAAAAAAAAGUGCUGGGACGCCUAAAUUGUAGGUUUUUUUCUGAUUGACAUACUCACAGUUUUAAAUUAAUUAAUUUUAUAAAUUAUAAUAUAUUCAUUAGUGGCGGCCUAUUGAGCUCAACGUUUAAUUUUAUCUCCCAGGUUUUAUCAGACGGUGGCAAAGCUCAAACAAAUAGCGAAACGUCACAAAGUUCAAUAUAAUAAUAGUCUAAUGCAAAUAAAAUCUAUCUUAAAUUCAUUAAUUCAUGUGACAUGUCUAACUCAACAAAUGUUUAAUUCUAAAUGCAAUUUUUAUUAAAAUAUGUAUACAGUAGGAAGGCCUAAAACUAUCAAACACAGUCAAGCAGAACCAUUUACUCUUUUAAUAGUUAUUACCUUAUUUAGAGAAUAUAUAUACUAUGAUACCCCUAUAAGGGGUUAGUGCUGAUAAAAAAGACCUUAAAUUAUAUAAAUAUGAACGUAUAUAUAUUUAUAUUUUUCUAAUAGAAUUCUAUAACAAAUUAUCUUCACAAAAAAAUGACCAUAUAACACACUUUAACAGUAUACCUGCCUCUAUCGGAAACCCAGUAGUAAUGUGUGGUGUUGCUACAACAAAAUAUUAAUACAAUAUGGUAGCAAUUGUCCAAUAGAAGAAUUUAUUCUAGGUACUAGUGUACAAGCCCCAAAAAGAUAAUUUACUAGUUAUUUCAGUCGCUACGGUUGUGAAUAUAAUUUUAUUAUUUUAUAAUUUCACCAUUGCUAACUUCGAGCCAAUAAGUUAUUUGAUCGUUUUAAUUUUGACAUUUAAACUUUCUUCUAAAACAAUUUAAUUCUUUUUAUCUAUUAGCUUGACAAAUUACAUUAUUCUAUUUAUUACUAUACAGCUAACAUAUAGGUAUUUCGCGAAUAAUAUAUACUUAAUAGUCCGAUAUCAAAUAAUUAUUUAUUAUUCUGUAAAGAAAAAUAGGAUUCCCUAUUCUUAUACGUGGGCUUUUCAAAGUUUAAUGUUAGCAGAUUGACACAGACAAUAAUAAGAAGAAUAUUGCUUUCUUAAUUAGUUUACUGCUAUGCACUAAACUCAAAUUUAUUAAAAAGCGUAAGGGCAAUUCUCUUUGCCCAGUCUGAAGUUGCCUGCGCAGUCCCUUGAUCUUUCAUGAACAAAUUCUACUGCGCAGCAUACCAACUGACUUCGAUUUCUCUAAAUUCAUCCGGCCGUGGUGUAAAACUUAUGUGUAAACUGACAAAGUACGUGAAAAUCUACAUAGCCAAAUGCUUAUCUAUUAUAGUCCACAUUAAAAUAUGACCAUACAAGCUACCUAUAUUCAAUAACAAUAAUGAGGCCCACUUAUUGUUUUAUCCACUAAAUGCAAAAUCGUUCUGUUCUCUAGUUCCAAUGACUGAGAUAGUUGGUAUAAUGUUUUAAAAAAAAUCCGAAUUGAGAACCUCCUUGACAAGUCGGUUAGAAAACCAGUGAACGUUGGCAUAAGGGGUUUUCAGUUUAUAUAUCUCACGACGGUACCGCUUCUGUGAGCUUUCAAACUUAGCAGAAAGCCAUUUCGCAUGCGUACUAGUUAUCGUGAGUGAAUUCUUCUAAUCUCGAUCCUUUAGCAAGUAAACAGAUUUUGUGAAAGGUACAAAAACUAUUUCAUCUGUGAGAAAAACUAAAUUACUUUGAUUAAAUUCAGUCGUGUCAUACGCUGAAGUGAAAAUGCUCUUGUAGUAAGUACAUGACGGAAAAAUGCCUCGAAAUUAUAUUUUCUUUCGACUGUCUAUACGAAUUAUAUAGGUGCUAGAAUAACCUAAAAUAUUUCAUAACUUCACCAUUAUUUACCUUAAAAUUAAACAAAUAGUAACAAAUUAUUUCUUGUCUUAGUCUUUAACCGGAACACACGAAUGUGGAUAGUUUAACGUUUUAAAACAAAGACAUGCACUAUUUCCCAAAUACAUCCGACUAUUUUACAUCAUAAUAUUAUUUUUCCACUAUUUUCUCGACAUUAUAUUUUUUAUAUUAAUAUUUGACUAAGUUUUUAACUGAUUAGGCGAGCCCAUAGACUAGAACAUUGUGCCCUUCUAGAUAGACCCCAUAAAUACAAAAUAGAAACAUUUCAAUGGUAACAUAAUUUAUAUAUAUGUGACCUUCAUGAUGUUCUCACAGGAGUCCAAUUGUGAGCGACAUAAUACAAUUUGUUUUGCUAACAUAAAUGGCUUUUAAAUAAUAUUAUCGUUUAUUUUAGUACAAAUUUCCUUUUUUAAUAUUAAAUAUAAGGGAAGGCCUAGUUAAAGUGACUAAGCUAGCAGUUUUCAUAAAGGAUUUAAGUAAAUUGUUAGGUGUAUUUUAAAUAAUGCGACGUUAUUAAAGAUAUGAUGUGAUCUACAGCAUUUCAUAUUUAUUGAACAUCUCAAUUUUAUUUGCAUGGAUAACUCUGUAAGUUCAAACCUUUUUACCUGGAUUUAAAGGUUGAUAUAAUAAUAAUACCUACCUUAUUUUUAUUUAAUUUGUGAGUUGCAAUUGAAAAGUAAAAAUAAACAUUUAUUUAUUCGAUAGUGAUAAGUGAGGAAUUUAUUAAAAAUAAUAAAUGAGUGUCCAUUUAAACGUUGUUAAGUAGAUAAAUUACAUCACCAAGUAUGGCCUAUAGUUAGAAAAAUAUAAAAAUGUCGAUGGACAGCUUUUGUUUACAGCAUCACGUUAAACAUUACAAAUACUUGAAAAUUAACAAAUUAAUUAAUAGUUCAAUGAAAUACCUUUAUCGACAUAGUACCAACACUAUUUGCCUCAAUUUUCGAAGUUGUCCAUUAACAUCGACAAUUUCAAUGUGUAUAAUACAAAUAUUACAUUAAGUUAUGAAAUUCCCAUAAAAUAUAUAACUAUGUAUUGUUAAUGUAAUGAGUUACAUAAGUGCGUCGGCUUACUGUAGUUGCAAACAUUUAACAAAAUGAUGGGUGCUUUACAAAGCGUAGGAUAUAAAAGUUAUGAAUGAAUUAUCAAAUUUUAGUAUUUUAGAGGGAGUUGGCAGUAGUGGUUUAGUUAGGACCAACUAAAUAAGCUCCUUCUGGUUCCAAAAGUAUGCACAAACAGUAAGUCGACCCACUUAUAUUGUGUUUUUGCAUAUAUGCGCGUAUUUUAAUCUUAGCAAAUUAAUUGCACAUUAUCAAAUUGAGAGAAUUAAUGAAACUGAAUGUUUACCAGCAUAAUGUAACAAAUAAACUAGUUUUGUUAAGGAUGAACAAUAAAAUGAAAAUGUUUUACA